AUGCAUCUUCUUAACAGCCUCGCGGCUAUCGCCGUUUUUCUCCAUCAAGGACAGGGGUUGAGCUUAAAGCAAGAGGCGCGUUUCGAACCCCCUGCCAAAUCUCAACUCCAUGCUCGUCAAGCGGAUAGCACGGCCGGUGUUGUAGACGGCGUCUUCCACCAACUCAUUGACCACGACAACCCAUCCCUCGGCACCUUUGAGCAACGAUACUGGUACAGCUUAAACUAUGCCAACGGCAGCAACCCGCCCGUCGUUUUCAUCUCCCCCGUCGAUGCCGAAGCUGAACAAGUAAAGUUCUGGCUACACGAUGAUUACGUUAUUGGUGGAAUGAUUGCUCGACGCAUCGGAGCGGUCAUGAUCAUGCUUGAAAACCGUUACUUUGGGAAAUCUUCACCCUACGAUCAGCUGACAACCGAAAAUAUGAAAUACUACACUGAAGACCAGAUGAUACGAGACAAGAUCCACUUCGCAAAGACUGCUGAGUUACCAUUCGCCAAGAACGGUGUCUCCAAACCUGAACAGGUUCCUUGGGUUCAUACCGGCUGUUCCGCUCAAGGUAACCGUGUGAUGUUCUCGCAGAAGGAGUCUCCCGAUACCUUUUGGGCCUCUUGGGCAUCGAGUGCGCCACCUCAGGCGAUUUCGAAUUACUGGAGGUACUUUGAUGCUGCCAAAGCGUAUCUGCCCAAGAAUUGUACGGCGGAUGUGGAGAAGGUGAUUGAGCAUCUGGACGAUGUUAUGCUGCACGGAUCGGCGGAUGAGAUUCAGGAGAUCAAGGCGGACUUUGGUGCGCCAGACCUCAAACAUAACGACGAUUUCAUGAACCUUCUCAACUAUGGACCACAGACAUUCCAAGGAGCCAGUUUGCGUAUAGGCGACACAUGGCAAUUCUGCGACUAUGUCGAAAACGCCGUUGAUACCACAGAAAAAUCCAAGCUUCCUGGUGCCGAAGGUGUUGGACUUGACAAAGCCCUGAAGGGAUAUGCUCGCUGGACCAAAGAAGUCUGGAUCCCAGGACGGUGCGAACAACAAGGUCCCUGGAAAGGCGAGAACAACACAGGCUGCUUCAACUUCGGUGACGCCGACAGUCUAGUUUAUGCUGCCAAGGAUCUGGAUGCUCCAAAUAUCGUCGAUACCCUGCAAUUCCAAUGGCUCCUUUGCAACGAACCUGAGGAAAACUGGCAAACGGGUUCACCAAAGGGAACACCUACACUGGUUUCCCGUUUGGUUAAUACUGAUUACUUCAGAAAGACUUGUGCUCGUUACUUCCCCACUGGUCCAAAUGGAGAAACCUUUGGCUUGGCGAAGGGAAAGACUGCUGAUAUGUGGAAUACACGUUACGGUGGUUGGAGUGAUCCGACUGGGUAUCUGAAUAGGACAGUUUUGGUGAACGGAAAGUUUGAUCCUUGGAGGGCAGCGUCUUUUGCUUCUGAUCAAAGACCUGGGGGAGUUCUUGGUAACAGUACUUAUGUGAAGCACUUCAUCAACCCUAUGGGGAAUCACUGCACUGAUACGUACCGCAACGCUGGUAAUAUUUGGCCUGAAGUCAAGGCGGUUCAAGAAGCUGGGAUCAAGCAGAUUGAGAAAUGGGUUGCCAUGUUCCCUAAGCAUAAGGGUUAG